GAUCUAGACAGAAAAAAAAUAGAGCAUAAAAUAAAAAUAAAGGACAAGCCAGAACUGAAGCACAGUGAUGCUCAGGAAGAGCAAGAGUUGGGCAGGCAGGUAAGAAAAACAUCUAGGAAAGGAGAACAGAAAGAUGAGAUGGCCACUUCACAAGGCAUGUUGCGUCUAGACACAGUAUAUAAUCUGAAAAACAAAUUUUCCCUUCCUGAUUUAAACCGGAGCAAUUCUUUGACUGAGGCUGAAGGAUUUGCUUUCUCAUUCAAUGUCUUCUCAGCAGGUCAUUGUUCAGAGUCCUGUGUCCAAAACAAAGUAUUAGCUACAAAACCAGCAGUGAAUGCAAGCUCAAGUACCCAAGAUCAAAUAUGUAAUGAAUUUGGAGAAUCAGAAUCCUCUAGCUUAUAUGACCAAACAGUCUACGAACAAUCCACUGAGGGAAACAGAAACCUUUCUCUUAAAAAAGAAGCCAGUGAAAAUUUGGGAGAUGAAAGGAGCAUUUGCAAUAUUGAAUGUGAAGGAAUGGCAAUAUCCUGUAGAGAUUUAUUUGUAAUGCCUAAUUCCCAAGACCUACAUAAUUUUAAACGUAGAGACUGCACUGUUGAUGUUGAACUCCGUAUUUCUACCUCACCAUGGGAGAUCACAACAGUGGCAGGUCCACUGCCGAAGGGAGCUGGCAAGGAAGCCAGCGAUGCUACUGUAGAUAAUGUUGUGGUUUGUGAAAUAUCCAACUCCAUAGAAGAACCAGCAAGCAAGAAGCAAGUGGGCCUAAUGGUUUGUGAAGAUGUCUCAACAGUAGACAGUGAUACAAUUGUCCAGGCUACCAGCAAAAAUGGCACCUGUAAUAAUAAGGAUUUCCAUAAAUAUACUCAAGGUUCUGCCUCUAAAAUUUGUGAAAGUUUAUCUCUAGAGGAAAGUCUGUCCAAUACAACCAAAGAGAAUGUAGAAUCCACCCUUGUUACAUCUUUGACUAUGUGGGAUCCAUUGUCAAACCAAGAAGAAGACAGUACCAUAACGUAUUUGGAGGAAUUCCACCAGCACAUAGAAACCCCAGUGAAGACGUCUGAAUUUCUGGGAAAGGAAGAAGCAGCAGAUACAUUUUGCAUAAAGGAAGAAGUCUCAGUAAAUAAGUCACCAUAUUUGUCAGUUCUGGAAGAAGACAAAACAGAAGUUGACCAUAACACUGAUAUUCCUGCUUUUCCCACCACUGAUUUUAGAAUAGGCAUUGAUGUAACACAGCUAAAAGAGUCUUUGGCCCCUGUGCCUGUUUCUAACCAGUGUCAGUUAAAUGGGCCUGCCACCAGCCACUUCAGUCAGCUCUUGUCAUCUCUACCAAGCUGCAGCCAACCCAUUCAGUUGUUAAGUCCUCCAGACAAUACAAAUGCCCUUUCCCAGUCAAAUGUCCAUGCUCUUCAUGCCAGCUGUUUCAGUCACUUCCUAGAAGAAUUGCCCCCUUGUAGUCAGAGUUGCCCAUUUUUAGCUGUAGAGUCCACUGCCAUAAAGGAAGAGAACCCCAGAUCUGCCACUGAUGUGUUUGACCAGUCUCCAAACUUUCAAUGUGAGUUGAACCAAUAUAGCCAGCCUCCAGAUUCAGGGCCCAGUUUUGAACAGUAUGACAACAACCAGCCCACAUGCAUGUCGAUCGUUUUGCAAAAAAACACAGCUCAUUGUGCAUUUCCUGAGCAUAUGGACAGUCAGUUCAUCCAACAAGAUAAUUCCACCCAAGACACAGAAUGUACAGCUCCUGGGCAUAAUAACAAUCACUUCACAGAAUAUCCAGUCUUUGCUACUAACAGAGGCUCUUCCAAACCACCUCCACCUUUCAGCCUGAACAAGCUUCCAACUGCUGGUGGCAAUCAGUUUGCCCACCAACAAGCUGAAGUACUAGAUUCUGAUGUACCUAGCAAUUGUACAGAAGGCAAUGGCUGGAUACAUACUGGUGUCCCAAUUGUCAGAUUGAUCUCUCAGCCCACCCAUUCUGUUUUUCAGUCUGAAAACAUUGCCCAGAUUCAAUACAUGAACAGUAUAGUGGAAGAGAGUUCGAUUGUGCAAUUGCCUAAGUUGGAGGGGGGAAAUGCUCCACAAGUUCAAAAGGACUGUAAUAUAACUGAAAUAGGCAGUGACUUGGGGGUGAAUUUGUUGGACACAGACUUAGAUAUGGAGAUUUUAGGAGAUUAUACAUCAGGAGACAGCAAUGCAGAAGCAAUGCCCAAUGUCAUGGAUAUGCAUGAUGCAAAAUCUUCUUUUGACUGCACAUCUCUUUCCUCAUUGAACAGUCAGAAAAAAUGUGAAGCUACAGCGUUCAAAAAUUCAAGACAGCCUCCUCCAGUUCUAGCUUUCACCAACCCAAUCCAUUUCCUCCAGCUUGGGCCCCCUUCACCACCAACCAGACAUCCAAGCAGUUCACAGGCUGACUCUCAAGGGCCACAAUGGCAGCAAGAACAGACAGGAUAUGCUAAAAUAGCAACAUCUGCUGUAACUAGGCAACUAGAAGAAGACACUAGGAGAUUUAGGAAGGGCUUGGAAACGUCCCUAAUGGAACCCAUCUGUGCAAUGGUUCAGAAGACAAGUAGGGUAGCUAAACACUCCCCUCUUGAGAAAUCUUCUAGUUGUCCAAAUAAAAAUGUCAGUGCAUUGGACCCAAAAGAAUCAGACCCCAAUUCAAAGAAACAGGAGGUAUUAAUCAAACAUCGAGCAAAAAGCAAAGAUUGGCAUCGGCAUGGUGUGAGAAAGAUUUCAAUACCAAUGGACAAUGAAUUAGAAGCGAUAUCUCCUGUCCCUUUGAAAGAAGAUGCCCAUGUGCACAAAGACAAAACUGACCAUUUAGACCAUGCUAAACGUGGAGAGAAGAAACCAGGAACAACAACUGAAAACAUCAAACGGCGACACUCCAAACUGAUCAAUUCAUCAAAGGUACUCUACCAGGAAUACAGUGAUGUUGCACUAAACAAAGCCAUUCAAAGUCAAAAGAGAGCAGAUUCCUUGACUGAAGAUGUGGAGUUAGUAUCUUCAAGCUCUCCAAGGUUGCAAAGAAAAGUACUGCCACCGCAAGAAUCCUAUAUACAACGCCUGUCAGUCUCAUCGAGUUCAUCUCUCUGGCAGGACAUCCCUAAAGUCCGAGAGAGUACAGUGCUACUGAGCAUGAGCCGUGAGGAACAGAAGCUCCAAGAGGCCAAGUUUGAACUGAUUGCAUCUGAAGCCUCAUAUCUGCGGAGCUUAAAUAUAGCAGUGGAUCACUUUCAACACUCAGAAGAACUCCAGGCUGUAUUGACUACUCAAGAUAGGCAAUGGCUUUUCUCCCGCCUUCAAGAUGUGCGUGAUGUUAGUGCCAACUUCCUAUUUGACCUGGAAGAGAAACUUGAGGAAAACAUGUUCAGCUUCAAUGUGUGUGAUGUGGCACUGAGCCAUGCCUCAGAAUUCCGCAGGGUUUACUUGCCAUAUGUGACAAACCAGACCUACCAAGAACAAACUUUUCAGAGGCUACUGAAUGGUGUUCCCGCUUUCCAACAGGUGUUGGAAAAACUGGAAAGUGAUCCUGUUUGUCAGCGCCUCUCCCUUAAAUCCUUUCUCAUCCUCCCAUUUCAGCGCAUCACUCGACUGAAACUCCUUCUCCAGAACAUACUGAAGAGAACACAACCGGGUGCAGAAGAAGAGAUUCAGGCCACACAGGCAUAUGACGCUCUUGAGAAGCUCAUCAAAGAUUGUAAUAAAAAUGUCCAGCGCAUGAAGAGCACCGAGCAGCUAAUCUACUUAAGUCAAAAUAUGGAGUUUGAAUGCAAGAUUUUCCCACUUAUCUCACAGUCACGGCGCCUUGUGAAGUGUGGUGAACUUACAGCACUGGAGUAUAAUUUGAAUUUGAAGUGGAAGCUUACCACUCGGUCCAUUUACCUCCAUCUCUUUAAUGACUAUUUGUUACUCUCUCGGCCUAAAGAGAAUGGAAGGUUUAUUGUAUUUGAUUAUGCUGCCUCCUCAGAUGUCCGUGGUGAGAAAUGCGAAAUGAAACUGCAUGGAGCAAACAAAAAUGUUUUCCGCCUCUUCCUCCUGCAGAAUAAUCAAGGGAAAAAAGUAGAGUUUCUCUUCCGUACAGAAACACAUUCUUAUUUUGUAUAUCCUAGGAGCGAGAAGCUGAGAUGGAUUUCUGCUUUUAUGCCGCAACAGACAGAACUUGACAUUUUGGGUGACUCAGAUGCACCUCAGGUUCAGUGUGUGAAGUCAUACAAAGCUCGAGAGAAUGAUGAGCUUCCCUUAGAGAAAGCAGAUAUAAUCAUGGUCUUACAGCAAAGUACUGAUGGCUGGAUUGAAGGAGUAAAACUGUCAGAUGGAGAGAAAGGCUGGUUUCCUUCUGAUCAAGUGGAAUUCAUCUCUAGCAAACAAGUUCGGCAAAUGAAUCUGAAAGAGGAACAACGUGUUAAGAAUGCCAAACAACAAGUCUUUCACAGAAAAUAGGACCACUAGUUCCCAUCACAAGCAUUUUUCUCCUUCUCUCUUUCAGCUCCAUGAUCAAAAUGCAUUUGGUUUUCUGGAUGAGAGAUAGCUGCAUAGGUUAGUAAGAUGUACAUAGUUGCACCAAUUAGAAAUGACAUGUUUAACAAGAAAAGAUACCACUUCACCUCAUGGAAAGAUCCUAUGCAUCACUGGGGCUAGAAAAAAUACUGGCAGGAAAAAAAACUACUAACAGGAAAAAAAAAUCCUCCAAAUGACUUUUGGUACAUGAAAGAAGACAGAAAAGAGAGCUGGGAACUUGAUAUUAGGACCUUUGGAAAUCUUUUCUUGACUCUUUGGCUGUUCAGAUACAGACCUUUGAUUCAGCUUUUGCUGAACAAGGCCAAAAAUGUUAAUAUUUCAAAAUGCUUCGAAUAACUAUCAAAGAAGAUGUUAGAAAACACACACACACACACACACACUAAUACCCAUUACUGUUGAGAUGGGAUUUCCCAUCUGAAAUAACACAUUUUGCUUUAAUUGCCAAACUUUCCUAUUGAAGAAGAAAUGCAUAUAUAAGAAGAAAAAUAUAAAGUUUCCCUUGAGGUAGUAGUAUAUCUCCUAACCACAGAGUUAGGGCCGAGUCUCUAGUAAAGAUCUUGCUCCUGUGCUAUUAACAGUUGAAACAUUUCUCACAAGUUAUUCCUCCAACCAGGAACACAGCACCUGCUGUUCUUACUGUUGUGCAGGGCUAGGGAAAAAAGGAAAAUAAGUGUUAACUAAGAAUGGGUGGGAAAAGAAGGAACAUGCAAUAUCUUUCCUCCAGAGACACUUUAAAGAAUUAUAUCUGUCUUUUUUUUUUACCCUUCUCAGUUUACAAGAAAGUUGGAUUUAAAAGGUAUGUGUAGGUGGGUGAUCUGAAGUUAAUGUUAGGUGGCGUGCUAUUCUUGUCCUUCUCAUGGGCUUGCCAUAGGCAACUGAUUGGCUACAGUUUGAAAAGAAUGGUGUACUGGAGACACAGUUUGAUCUGAUCAGAAUGGCUCUUCUUGUGUUCUUAUGACAAAGCACAGUAUAUAAUAGGAAAAAUCUCUGCCUGAAAUGCUUUGUUGUUGUUAACUGCCCUCAAGUUGAAUUCAACCCAUGGCGAUCCUGCAGAUGAGAAAUCUCCAAGACUCCCUGUCCUCCACUGCUCUGCUUAAUUCCUGCAAACUCAUACCCUUGACCUCCUUAAUAGAGUCCAUCCAUCUAGCAUGUGACCUUCAUCUCUUUCUGCUUCCCUCCACAUUUCCCAGCAUUAUCGUUUUUUCUAAUGAGUCCUCUCUUCUCAUGAUAUAUCCAAAAUAUGACAGCCUCAGUUUUGUCAUUUUGGAUUCUAGGGACAUUUCUGGCUUUAUCUACUCUGGGACCUAUUUGUUUCUUAAUUGCCCAGCUCUCACAUCCAUACUUGGUAGUACGGAAUACAGUGGCUUGUAUGAUUCUAACUAUUGCACUCAGUUGUAUAUCCUUGCAUUUUAGGAUCUUUUC